AUGUCCAACGGGUGGAUAGGGCCAGUCGUAGAGAUACUAAUUGUUCCCGAUGAUCUGCACACGCUCAAGGCUGAGUAUAAUAGCACCAAAUUCACAAUGCGAUUCUGGAAUGCUCUUGUCCCAAUCGCUCUUGUUCCCGUUGUCACAGCUGAUAUUCAUUUUGGCCCUGCCGGGUGCUGGGACAAAGACGGACACCAAAGUGGUCCAACGUAUCUGAUUUUCCUCCCCGAAAAGGACGGUGAGCCGAAGUCCAAAACGGAUUUUGCUCCUGCUUAA